GGGAGGAAACGCGUUGCUGUUAUCUGUACUCAAUUGGCUGUAUGCUUUCACAUUUUCCACAAGUGGGGUCUUUAGCCACUACGCAUUCUGUAAAUUUCCUUUGCUUUUCUCGAAAGUGAGACCGACUCUUGCUUUUGCCCUUGUUGAUUUGUAUGUUUACUCAGCUCUCAUUCCAUUUGCAAAGGAGGACUAGGAACUUGGAGUAAACGGAGCAACAUAGAUCACAGGAAGCUUGCAAAGGCGAUCAUAUCUGAAGCUUGUUUUGAUAGGAAACCAUGGCUCUGGAAGUUGUGGGUGGAGCUUUUCUCUCUUCUUCUCUUGCUGUUCUGUUUGAUAGGAUGGCUUCCCGUCCGGUUGUUGACUUCAUCCGAGGAAAGAAGACCACCGCUGGGCUGCUCCACAAGUUGAAGAUGAAGUUGUUGUCGGUUAAUAAGUUGCUUGACGAUGCAGAGGAGAAGCAACUCAGAAACUCUAGAGUCAGGGAUUGGCUUAGUGAGCUUAAAGAUGUUCUCUAUCAUGCCGAUGACCUGUUGGAUGAAAUCAAGACUGAAGCUCUGCGUUGCAAGAUGGAACAAGAAGAUUCUGGAAGCACAAAUCAGGUACCCGAGUUUAGUUCUAUUUCCAUUCAUGAACUUGACAAAAGUCUGGAACCCAGGAUACAGGACAUUCUUGACAGAAUAGAACUUAUUGUCAACGAAAAAGAUGUGCUUGAUUUGAAAGAGGUUGUUAAAGAUAGACCACAAGGAAGACUGCCCACAACUUCUUUGGUAGAAGAGUCUAGUGUAUAUGGAAGGGAUGAAGAAAAGGAGGCCAUUAUCAAGUUGUUGUUAGCGGAUGGUGUGACUGGAAAUAAGACGGAUGUGCUUCCAAUUGUGGGCAUGGGUGGGCUUGGAAAGACCACUCUUGCUCAACUCGUAUACAACGAUGACAGAGUCAAGCAACAUUUUGUCCUUCAAUCAUGGUCUUGUGUUUCACAAGAAUUUGAUGUUGUCAAAAUAACACAGACAAUUUACGGGGCGGUCACUUCACAAACUUGUAAUAUCACAGAUCUGGACAUGCUUCAAGUCGAACUAAAGAAGACGUUGACAGGGAAGAAAUUUCUGUUUGUUCUUGAUGAUGUUUGGACUGUGAAUUUAAUGAAGUGGGAUCUCUUAAGCCGACCCUUUGAGAGUGGAGGUCAUGGAAGUAAGAUCGUUGUCACAACACGUGAUGAAGGUGUCGCAUGCAGGAUGGGUACCCUUCAAAGUAGACAUCUAAUGCAAUUAUCUGAGGAAAAUUGCUGGUCGUUGUUCUCAAAGUAUGCCUUCAAGAAUCCAGGUGUUACUACAGAUCCGUCGCUUGAAGUGAUUGGAAAACAGAUUGCUCAAAAGUGUAAAGGACUCCCUUUAGCUGCAAAAUCACUUGGGGGUCUUUUACGUUCUGAACCAAAUAUUGAGAAAUGGAAAGAAAUAUUGAACAAUGACAUAUGGGAGUUGCGAGAUGAAGCGAAUGACAUUUUACCUGCUCUAUGGUUGAGCUACCAUUAUCUACCUGCACAUCUGAAGCGUUGUUUUGCUUACUGUUCCAUAUUUCCUCAAGAUCAUUGGUUUCGGAAAUCGGAUCUGGUUUUGUUGUGGAUGGCUGAAGAUCUCCUACCACUGAAAUCGAAGACUACGGUUGAAGAAGUCGGAGAUAAGUACUUUGAUGAUCUAGUGUCAAGGUCAUUUUUUCAACAUCAACCAAGGGAGCAUCUUGUUGUGCCAAUUUUCACGAUGCAUGACUGCAUCCAUGACUUAGCAAACUUUGUCUCCGGAGAGUUUUGUUUAAGGUUGGAGAACAAUGAUGAGGUAUUGGAAAAUGUCAGCAAGACUCGCCACUUUUCGUGUAUGGAUGCAUUUACCGUAAUUGAUCAAUGGGACAGUUUGUUUGAAGCCAGGUAUUUGCGAACCUUAGUAUCAAUAUAUCCGCCGUACGCACUUGUACGUCCCAACUUAGAUUUUGAUAUAUUCCUGAAGCUUCAGUGUUUAAGAGUGCUCAGAUUAUACGGGUACAAUAUUGGUGAGCUGCCUAGUUCAAUUGGCAAGUUGAAGCAUCUAAGGCACUUGAACUUGUCUGGCACAUCAAUUAAAAAGUUACCUGAUGAAAUGUGUACUUUAUAUAAUUUACAGACGUUACUGUUGUCUUAUUGUAGAAUUCCAGUUGAGUUGCCAACUGAUUUGGGAAGAUUAAUCAACUUGCGUCAUCUUGAUAUUGAAGGCACAGAGAUAGAAAAGAUGCCACCAAGGAUGGGCAAAAUGAAAGCUCUUCAAACAAUAAGAGGCAAGUUUGUCCUAGACAAAUACACUGGUGGUAACAUUGUCGAGAUUAAAGAGCUUCAGCAGUUGCGCGGAACACUAUGCAUCUCGGGGCUUCGCAAUAUUGUGCAUGUCACAGAUGCCAUUAUGAGAAAGAAGAAGCAUCUGGAUGAGUUAGUUUUGGAAUGGGGAGGCAAUUCUGGUGACACCGACGAUACACAAAAAGAUAGAGAUGUGCUGGAGAGCCUCCAACCUCAUACAAACCUAAAAUAUCUCAAGAUUCGAUCUUAUGGGGGCACGAGAUUUCCUGGUUGGUUGGAAGAUCAUUCUAGUUUAUCUAAUCUGGUUCUUCUUCAACUUCUGGAAUGUGGAAAUUGUUGGUCGUUGCCAUCACUUGAGCAGCUACCUUCCCUACAAGAGCUUGAGAUUGAAGGAUUUAAUGGGGUGGUGACUGGGGGUUCUAAGCCUUUUCCUAAUCUUCGUAAGCUUCGUCUGAAAUCUUGUCCCGAGGUAACCGGGACAUUCAUGUUAGCCUGCUUCCCAAAGCUUGAAAGCCUCACACUGGACAAUGUCAAUGUAGAAUCUCUUCAUUCCACUACACCCCUCUCCCUUGUCCAACUCACAAUAUUUUCAUGCCCAAAUUUUGUUUGUUUUCAAGAUGUCAAUGUAGAAUCUCUUCAUUCCACUACAGUACUCCUCUCCCUUGUCGAACUCACAAUAUUUUCAUGCCCAAAUUUUGUUUGUUUUCAAGAUGGAGGGCUGAAUGCGCCGAACUUGGAGACCAUACAAGUCGCAAUAUGUCCGAAACUGAGGUCAUUUUUUCCGCUACACAUGCACAACCUUUUCCCAUCUCUCAAGUGGUUGUCGCUAUGUUGUUGUCCAGAACUGGAAUCAUUUCCCGAAGGGGGAUUGCCGUCUAAGUUGGAAUACUUGUACGUCUGGUGCUGCAAGAAACUCAUUGGAAACCGUAUGCAGUGGGGUCUACCAACACUCACCUCUCUUGAAUUCUUGAGCGUUGAUUUGAGGGGAUGUGAACAAGUUGUAGAUUCUUUUCCAGACGAGGGGCUACUGCCCCCCACUCUCUCACAACUCCAUAUCCACGGUAUUUCGAAGCUGGACGGCAAGGGGUUUACACAACUCACCUCUCUUAAAAAGUUGGGAAUUCACAAUUGCCCUGAACUCCGGUGCUUGCCAGAUGGAGGGCUACCCACUUCCCUUUCUGAUCUAACAAUCGAGGAUUGUCCUUUACUAAAACAACGUUACCAGAGAGAGACAGGGGAAGAUUGGCCCAAGAUUGCUCACAUCAACAAGAUUUAUCUCAAUUUCCAAGAUAUAUGAUAUGCAAUGGCUUCAGGUGCUUUGUAAUUACCUAACCAGAUGAUUCCACUGCUGAGUCUCUGGAUAGAAAUUUCCUGUCGAUGUUGGACAAGGAAACCAUGGCUCUGGAAGUUGUGGGUGGAGCUUUUCUCUCUUCUUCUCUUGCUGUUCUGUUUGAUAGGAUGGCUUCCCGUCCAGUUGUUGCCUUCAUCCGAGGAAAGAAGACCGCCGCUGUGCUGCUCCAGAAGUUGAAGAUGAAGUUGUUGUCGGUUAAUAAGUUGCUUGAUGAUGCAGAGGAGAAGCAACUCAGAAACUCUAGAGUCAGGGAUUGGCUUAAUGAGCUUAAAGAUGUUCUCUAUCAUGCCGAUGACCUUUUGGAUGAAAUCAAGACUGAAGCUCUGCGUUGCAAGAUGGAAGGAGAGGAUUCUGGAAGCAGCCGCACAAAUCAGGUACUGGAGUUUAGUUCUAUUUCCAUUCAUGAACUUGACAAAAGUCUGGAACCCAGUGUAAACACGGAAAUCUGAAAACAAA